UGUCUUUGGCGUGCUUGCGUGUGUCCGUUCUCGGCGCCCUGUGCUAGUGCUGGAGCGCAAUGGCGGCGUGCCGGGGAUCCUCUUCAAAAUGGUUUUUCACCCGGGAUCAGCUUGAAACCACGCCGUCCCGCCGCUGUGGAGUCGAGCCGGACAGGGAGCUGUCAUAUAGACAGCAGGCGGCUAACCUCAUUCAAGAUAUGGGCCAGAGACUCAACGUCUCCCAACUUACAAUUAACACUGCAAUUGUUUACAUGCAUAGAUUUUAUAUGUAUCAUUCUUUCACCAAAUUCCACAGAAAUAUCAUUUCUCCGACCACCUUGUUCUUGGCUGCGAAGGUCGAGGAGCAGCCUCGGAAACUUGAACACGUAAUUAAAGUGGCACACGCCUGCCUAAACCCUCAAGAAACCCCGCUAGAUACAAAGAGUAAUGCAUACCUCCAGCAAGCCCAAGAGCUGGUGAUACUUGAAACCAUAGUGCUGCAGACAUUAGGGUUUGAAAUAACAAUUGAGCAUCCGCAUACUGAUGUUGUGAAAUGUUCCCAGCUAGUGCGAGCGAGCAAGGAUUUGGCACAGACUUCCUAUUUCAUGGCUACCAACAGCCUGCACCUGACCACCUUCUGCCUGCAGCACAAGCCCACGGUCAUCGCCUGCGUGUGCAUUCACCUGGCCUGCAAGUGGUCCAACUGGGAGAUCCCCGUCUCCACGGACGCAAAGCACUGGUGGGAGUACGUGGACCCGUCCGUCACGCUCACGCUGCUGGACGAACUGACCCAUGAGUUCCUGCAGAUUCUGGAGAAGACGCCCAGCAGGUUGAAAAGAAUACGGAACUGGAGGGCCACGCAGGCGGCCAAGAAGCCCAAAGGGGACGGGCAGGGGCCGGACAGCCUGUACCCCGGCCCCUCCCUCAUGGAGGGCUAUUCCACGGUGGACGGCCUUCCCGGCGUCUUGGCCGGCGCGGAGUUCCCCAAGGGGGACUCCUCGUCCUUCCCCGUGGCCCUGUCGCUGGACAGCCUGGGCACCAUGCAGGGCAUCCCUUACACCUUCACGGCCCCCAGCGACUGGCCCCUGGAGGCCCCCGGCGCCCACGCCCUCCCCCACCCCCACCGCGCGGACAAGUGCGCCGACCUCCCCCCCGCCAAGCAGGACCACCACAAGCACCCCCCGCCCGUCCCGCACCCCGCCCAGAAACUGUCGCUGGACAAGUACCGGGAGAAGCAGGCGAGCGAGCUGGCGGCGCAGAGACGCCGGCAGGACCCGGGCCUGGAGGCGGAGCCCAGGGACCCGUACCCGCCCCCGGCCCUCGCUGACCCCGCCCCCCACCACCACAGGAAGCCCCACGCCCACCCCCACCUUCAGCAGGCGCCCGGGUGCAGCUCCACCCCCACCGCCUCGCCCCACAAGGUGAAGGUGCCCCUGCAGGGGGGCGAGCGGUGGGACAGGGCCAGCGCCCUCAAGCUGCGCAUCCCCGUCCAAUCAGGCGACGGGGGCGGGGCCGGCAGGGAGGAGCUGAAGAUGAAGGUGAAGGUGUCCGCGUCCGAGCGCCACAGCUCCUCGGACGAGGGCGGGGCCAAGAGCAGACAUUCCAGCCCCCUGGUGGCGGGCAAGGAGAGGCACAGGGAGCACUCUGCCCACCGGCACCAAAAACACGGCCACGCCCACCCGCACCAGCACAGCGGGAACGGGAGGGGGGGCCCCGAGGGGCCCCUGGCCCCCGCGGCCGUGGCCCUCAGGAGCCCGGUAGGUUGUAUCGGCGAGGGUGCGGGGCCGGGCGGCGGCGGCGGCGGCUCCUCUUCCUCCUCCUCCUCCUCCUCCUCCCGGAAGAGGACGCACCCCGACGCCAGUCACAACCACCACCACCAUCACCACCACCACUCCAAAUCGAGCAGAAGCGCCCGAAGCGCAGCAGGUGGGGGGCGGACCUCUCGGCAGGAGGCCGGUGGAGAGCCACGCCCCUGAGAGGACCAGCGGCGAGCAGGCGGACUACAGAGACGCGUUUGACGCGCUCGAUUCGCUCCUGAGCGCCCACGGGAAUGCGCUCGCAGGCCCGGCAACAACGGGUGCCUAGCAACACAAAAAACAGACGGGGGGGCGGGGGGGGAGAGAUAACCGUAGGUCAUAAAAAAAAAAGCGAAACCACCGAACCAACAAAAAAACAAAAUGGCCGCUCGUUUUUUCCCCGUCGAUCCAUAAUUGCUGCUUCGUUCUUCCUCUCUGGGGUAGGGGAGGGGGAAAAGUGUACAUGUGUUAAACUCCACACAAAGAGUAGUAUUAUAAAUACUGUAAAGGCAUGAAAGGUGCAAUUUAGUUUCUUCUUUUUUUUUGGUUUUUGUUUUGUUUCUUCUUUUAAAAUGGAAAAAACAAUAAUUUAAACAGUGUUUUGUGAAGUCUGUGAACUUCCCGCAGGACAGCGGCCGCUUCCAGUCCGCUGCAGUGCCGCGCGCUGUCGAGCGCACGGGUCUAACUGCAGCCGCGAAAAUGCAUUUUUAGUUGCGUAGUUUGAGUUUUUUUUUUUGUUCACUUUUUUUUUAAGUAUAUAUAACUUUAUACUGUGUGUAUUAUUUGCAUGUUUCAAUCACAAAGGGAGAAAACAGGAGACUGACAACUGUUUACAGAAAAGUGGAGAAAAAUGUACAUACAUUUUUGUAUGUUUCAAAAAAGCUAUACUAUAAAUACUCAGGUUUGGAGCUGCUUGUAAGUAUAACAGAAUUUUAUAUAUAUAUAUCUCUAUAUAUAAAAAAGACUAUUGUCACAUGAUGUGAGAUUCCGUUAGUGAUUGGUCGGCAGCAUUCCAGCAGUGUGCUUUGAGCCUGCAGUCGCUAUGGCUGCCAGGACGGCUUGCAGGGCCCGUUUGUUUUUCGGGCAAUCCAGACUCUACCAAACGAUCACUUGGCUUGGCUCGAGGUCGUGCAAUUUGUACCUCCCGAGACCUUGAGCCGAAUGCCAAAGGCUGUGCCUCAAUUUCAGAUUUGGACAGUUGUAGGACUAUGAAGUUUACAUAAUCUUUGUGAAGUGCAUUAAAAAAAAAAAAAAAAAAAAUCUUUCUUGGCUUGAUGCAGUAGCCUAGAUUCAAGAGCUGUAAAUCAAUAAUGAUAACAUAGCAUUGUCUUUGAGCAAAUGGCUAAAAAUGUGUGUUUUCAAAGUAAAUGGGGGGGGGGGGGGGAGAACCAUUUUGCGCCAUACAUUGUAGGCCAGUUUCCUACAUGAUGCAAUGUUUUAAUUCCUAAUGCAGAUUAUUGUUAUAGACGGAUUAGUCCUCAGUUUCUGUGUGCAGAGUUUGAAAUUAAGCCAAGAAUGUACGUUCCUAAUAACGGUAGUGAUUUUACUCCUCGAUGCAAGUUUACUAUAGUUCAAAAAAACGAAAAUGUGCAAAUCUUGACAUCCACACCUUUAAAAUUCUAUGAAUAAAUCUUAAGGUUUUAACUUACCUUAAAA